UAUGGUGUUGUUCUCUAAAAUUGGCAUUGUCGGUGCUGGCAUAAGCGGUAUUUCCGCGGCUAAACAGCUGGCCAAACACCACCCAGUGGUGUUUGAGGCUACCGACUGCCUUGGAGGGGUCUGGAAACAUUCUUCUUUCAAGUCCACUAAGCUUCAGACCCCUCGUUGUGACUAUGAGUUUUCGGAUUAUCCUUGGCCUAAUAGGGAUAAUUCCAGUUUUCCAUCUAAUUUAGAGAUAUUGGAAUACUUAUAUUCUUAUGCUACCUACUUUGAUUUGCUCAAGUUUGUCAAUUUCAACUCAAAGGUGGUAGAAAUCCGGUUUGUUGGUGAUCGUGAAACCGCCGAUCUUGGUGGUAAACCGGGGGAAUAUGCAACUUUGCUGGCCGGCCAGCCGGCAUGGGAGGUUGCUGUCCUGGACAAUCAAUCUGAGACCAUUCAGUGGUAUGCCUUUGAAUUUCUUGUGGUUUGCACUGGGAAGUAUGGUGACAUACCAAAAAUACCAGCUUUUCCCCACAACAGAGGUCCUGAAAUAUUUCAAGGACAGGUUCUGCAUACUCUUGAUUACAGCAAACUCAACGAAGAGGAAGCUACACAACUAUUCAGAGGAAAGAAGGUUGUAGUCGUUGGCUACAAGAAAUCAGCUAUCGAUUUAGCUGUUGAAUCCGCAGAAGCAAACCAAGGGUUGGAUGUUCAACCUUGUACUAUGGUGAUAAGGACCCUGCAUUGGACUGUACCACAUUACUCGAUUUGGGGGUUGCCAUUUUAUUUGUUCUAUUCAACAAGAUUUUCUCAGUUCCUCCAUGAAAGACCAAACCAAGGCUUCCUCAGGACCCUCCUUUGCCACCUAUUGUCUCCUGCAAAAAGAGCUAUGUCAAAGAUUAUUGAGUCCUAUUUGGUGUGGAAGCUUCCAUUGGAGAAGUAUGGAUUGAAACCAGAUCACCCAUUUGAGGAAGAUUAUGCUUCUUGUCAAAUGGCUAUCUUGCCGGAAAAUUUCUUCGAUGAGGCUGACAAGGGAAACAUUGCAUUCAAAAGAGCAUCAAAAUGGUGGUUCUGGGAAGGAGGGGUUGAAUUUGAAGACAACACUAGGUUGGAGGCUGAUGUGGUGGUUCUUGCAACUGGAUAUGACGGGAAGAAAAAGCUCAAAUCUAUAUUACCCGAGCCUUUUCGUAGCUUGAUAGAAUUUCCUUCUGGUAUGAUGCCCUUGUACAGGGGCACAAUCCAUCCCUUAGUUCCGAACAUGGCGUUUGUGGGUUACAUUGAGAGUGUUUCAAACCUGCAUUCUGGAGAGCUGCGGUGCAAAUGGCUAGCUGAACUUGUGGACGAUCAAUUCAAGCUUCCAAAUGUGGAGAGGAUGCUUGAACAGACAACCAAAGAGAUGGAGAUCAUGAAGAGGACAACCAGGUUUUACAAGAGGCACUGCAUUUCUACCUUCAGUAUCAACCACAGCGACGAAAUCUGUGAAGAGAUGGGAUGGACAUCUUGGAGGAAGAAGAACUGGUUCGCGGAAGCAUUUAGCCCUUACAGUAGUCAAGAUUAUGAACAAGAAAAAUGAAACAAUGAUACUAAAUCUAUGCUUUUGUCCCUAGAGAGAAAUCUUUUGUCAUAAAAAUAAAAGAGAGUAAUUCUUAUAGGAAUAAAAUUAAGCCCUAUUAAGUGCAAAGGAGUGUA